AAUUUUAACUUUCUUUCCAUUUUAACCAUCCCCGCUCACUCUCCCCUCAAAAAUAAAACCCCUACAGCACCUAGCUCUCUCUGUCUCUCUCUCUCUCUCAAAACCCUCUCUAGAAAUCUCCCAGUCUCUACUAUUCAACCAUGUCUUGCUUCAAGGGAAAAUACGCCGAUGAGCUUAUUGCCAAUGCCGCCUAUAUUGGAACCCCUGGAAAGGGUAUCCUUGCUGCUGACGAGUCUACUGGCACUAUUGGCAAGCGUCUAGCCAGCAUCAACGUUGAGAAUGUUGAGGACAACAGAAGGGCGCUUCGAGAACUCCUCUUCACCACCCCUGGUGCUCUCCAAUGCCUCAGUGGCGUGAUUCUCUUUGAGGAAACCCUUUACCAGAAGUCAAAAUCAGGCAAGCCUUUUGUUGACAUCUUGAAGGAGGGAGGUGUCCUUCCUGGUAUUAAAGUUGACAAGGGUACCGUUGAACUUGCUGGCACCAAUGGUGAGACUACAACCCAGGGUCUUGAUGGCCUUGCACAGCGAUGCCAGAAGUACUACGAGGCUGGCGCUCGCUUUGCCAAAUGGCGUGCUGUACUCAAGAUUGGCCCCAAUGAGCCAUCUCAGCUUGCCAUCAAUGAGAAUGCCAAUGGGUUGGCCAGAUAUGCCAUCAUCUGCCAGGAGAACGGGUUGGUCCCUAUUGUGGAGCCUGAGAUCUUGGUUGAUGGACCUCAUGACAUUAACAAGUGUGCCGAGGUCACUGAGCGCGUUCUUGCUGCCUGCUACAAAGCUCUCAAUGACCACCAUGUCUUGCUUGAGGGAACCCUUUUGAAGCCCAACAUGGUGACCCCAGGAUCAGAAUCCAAAAAAGUUGCACCUGAGGUGAUUGCUGAGUACACUGUCCGUGCCCUCCAACGCACUGUGCCUGCUGCAGUUCCUGCUAUUGUGUUCUUGUCUGGAGGCCAGAGUGAGGAGGAGGCCACCCUUAACCUCAAUGCCAUGAACAAGCUCAAGACCAAGAAGCCAUGGUCUCUAUCCUUCUCCUUUGGACGUGCCCUUCAACAGAGUACCCUUAAGGCAUGGGCUGGCAAGGAGGAGAAUGUGAAGAAGGCUCAGGAUGCAUUCAUCGUCAGGUGCAAGGCCAACUCAGAGGCAACUCUUGGAACUUACAAAGGCGAUGCCACUCUCGGUGAGGGUGCUUCAGAGAGCCUCCAUGUCAAGGACUACAAAUACUAAGAGGUCUCAAAGUGUGUUUGAAAGUGAUGAGUAAUAGGAUGUCUCAUCUCAGGCAUAGUAAUUGUAGUUUCUUCUUUUCUUAAGUUAAUGAUAGGAUUUAGCUUGAAGUAGCAUAAUAAAAGGUCGAGGAAACAUCGGCGUGUUGAGUUUGAAUGGUUUUGGACAGUUUCGGUGGAGAACUGUUUUUAUGUUUUGUUUUCCUACAAUUUAUUGAAUUUCAACGAUAUCUGAUGGAAACA